AUGUCGCACUUCUUCCAGAAGCCCGAGAACGCGCUCAAGCGUGCGAACGAGCUUCUGAACACGCCCAAUGUGGACGCCAACGUGAUGAAGCGGCAGAAGCGGUCGGCGCUGGAGAUCCUCCACGAGGCGCUCAUCGCCAAGAAGAACCGCACGUGGCAGCCGAUGCACGAAGAGCUCAUGCUGACGUACCUCAAGAUCACGAUCGAUCUGCAGCUCGGCCGCAUUGCCAAGGACGGUCUGCACCAGUACCGCAACCUCGUGCUCGCGCAGAACCCGGCGUCGCUCGAGAAGGUCCUUCUCUUCUUCGUCGCCGAGUCGGAGAAGCGCGCGGCCGAGGCCCGCCAGUACUCGACCGAGAUUAGCUUGAACGCGUCGGUCGACCUCGAGUCGGCGCAGUCGCCGGAAGCUGUCAUGCUCUCGACGACGACGGCCGAAGACUCGACCGACCGCACCGACCGCGCAGUCCUCGUGCCGUGGCUCCGCUUCAUGUGGGAGACCUACCGGACCGUCCUCGACAUUCUGCGCUGCAACACGAAGCUCGAAGGCCUCUACAAGCAGGUCGCGCUCAGCGCGUUUGCGUUCUGCCGCACGUAUGCGCGCAAGAUCGAGUUCCGCCGCCUCUGCGAGAUCCUCCGCACGCACCUCUACACGCUGCAGCGCCACGAAGCCGCGCCCACGACGCAGAGCAUCCGCCAGAUGCGCGGCUGGGACGGCUGGAGCGCCGACUCGGUCGAGCUCCACCUCUCGAUCCGUUUCGAGCAGCUCGACACGGCGUCGUCGCUCGAGCUCUGGACUGAAGCCUUCCGCACCGUCGACGACGUCCACCUCGUCUUUGGCUUUCUCGAGACCUUGCCCAAGCCGACGCUCAUGGCGACCUUCUACCACAAGCUCGCCGAGGUCUUUUACAUUAGCAACAACCACGUCUACCACGCGUACGCGUGGUUCAAGUACUACACGCUCAUCCAGCGUGAACGCUUGACGCCCAUCAUGGAGCUGCCGCUGCUCGCGUCCAAGGUCGUGCUUGCGUCGCUUUCGAUCCCCGUCCAGGCCAACAACGUCGCGCUCCUUGAAAACGCCGACAACGCGGCGGUGCUUCUGGAAGAGAAGGACGAGCACAUGGCCGCGCUCCUCGGCUUCACGCAGCUCGCGCCGCCGACGCGCCAGCAGCUUCUCGACGACAUGGCCGCCUUGCACAUUGUCGACGCCGCCUACCCGAGCGUGCGCGCCUUGUACAUGACGCUCGAGCGGUCGCCUAUCGACCCGCUCGCCGUGGCCUCGGCGGUCGCGCCCCACGUCAUGUCGCUCAAGGCCGACGCCGGCCUCGCCAAGUACGCGCCGGCCGUCGAGAAGCUCGCGGUGCACCACGUGCUCUCGCAGCUCACCGAAGUCUACUCGAGUGUGACGGUCGCGCAUCUGAACACGCUCACGCAAGGCCUGAGCAUGAACGUGACGGAAAUGGAGCAGUGGAUCGUCCGGUCGCAGUCCAACCGCGACCAGAGCGCGACGCGUCUCCGCAUCGACCACCGCGCCAACGUGGUCCGCUUCUCGCAGACGAUGGCCCUCGAGGGCCAGGCCAAGCAGAUGACGCAGCUCGGCCAGAAGCUCCAGGCGUGCGUGCGCCAGCUCCCGAGUGCGACGACGCCUCGCCCGAGCGUCUUUGCCAAUGCCCGCACCAACCUUUCGUCGACGCGGGACGCGAUGCUGGAGCGCAAGGUGCGCAUCGAAGCCCAGAAGGAGGCCUUUGAGCGCCUCAUGGCCGAGAAGGCCAAGACCGAAGAGAAGAAGCGCGUGGAGGCCGAGCUCCUUCGCCAGAAGCAGGAAGCCGACCGCCUCGCCGCGGAAGCUCGCCGCCGUGAAGAAGAGGCGGCCCGCCGCAUCCAGGAAGAGAUCGAGCGCAAGGACAUUGAGAAGACGCUCAAGAAGCUCGGCAUGAACACGGACGACGUCGAGUUUGACACGGAGAAGGCGAUCAAGCAGAAGGAAGAGGCCCAGCGCAAGCUCAAGGACGCCGCGCGCCGCCUCGACUACAUUGUGCGUGCGACGCGCGAGGCUGAACAGCCGAUCUUGCAGCGCAUCUUCGACGCCAAGCAGACGGACGAGCGCAACGCGUUUGACGCGUCGUGGGCCGCGACGCUCAAGGCGGCGGAGGACGAACACACGUUCGGCCUUGCCCAGAAGGCGCUCUUGGCCAAGUGCCAGGACGCGUGCGUGGCGUUCUGCGAUGCCCACGUCGCCCGCCAGACCGUCAAGUUCCAAGCGAUCGUCGAGGAGCGCAAGCUGCGCCACACGAUCAACGUGCUCGAUGACAAGAUCCGCCGCGCCAAGGACCGCGAGUACGAGUUCGAAGAGAAGCUCCGCCUCGAGGCCGAGGAGGAAGAGCGCCGCAUCGCCGAGGCGGAGGAAGCCGCGCGGGAAGCCGAGGAAGCGGCCGCGCGUGAAGUCGAGCGCCUCCGCCGCGAAGAGGAAGAGGAGGUCCGCCGCCAGGAAGAGGCCAAGGCCGCCAACAAGUACGUGCCGCCGACGCGCCGUGCGGCCGAGCCCACUGGCGACGAAGAGGGCUGGUCCUCGGUGCGCGGUGGCAACCGCCGGGCGGACGAUGCCUUCAAGCCGUCGGGCCGCGACUUUGGCGCCCGCCGUGACGACGCGCCCCCGUCGCGCUUUGGUGGCGACCGCGACGGUCCGUCCCGCUUUGGCAGCGGCCGCUUCAACCGUGAUGACGCCCCGGCGCCGUCGCGCUUCGGUGGUGACCGUGACGGUCCCUCGCGCUUUGGCCGUGACCGCGAUGAUGCCCGCCGUCGCGCUUCGGCGAGCUCGGGCCGCUUCGGCGACCGUGAGGGCUCGAGCCGCUUCGGCGGUGACCGUGAAGGUGCGCCGCGUUUCGGCGGUGACCGUGAGGGCUCGAGCCGCUUUGGUGGCGACCGUGACGGCCCGUCGCGCUUUGGCCGCGCCCGGGAAGGCGAGCCGGACGCCGCCCGCCGUGACGCGGGUGCCCGCGCGCCGGACUCCAAGUGGCGCUAAACUCUCGAUUCUGUUGUAAUACGACUGACAUCGUUGCCUCCUAUUUAUUCACGACGACUUGUUAAUCAUUAAACGUACGAGUCAUCUCCUCCA